CCUAUUACCUGUCCCCCAACCCCAACAAACCUACUCCUCUCUCUUUCCCUUUCUCUUUCCACAAAACCCAAUCUCUCUCUCUCCCAUUUCUAUUCUUCUUCAAACAAGUUUUGUAAUUGUAUUAUUAUUACAUGUGAAACCAACCAACCAAUCAAUCCAUCUUUAGGGUUUUGAAGAAGGAAAAUGAGUGCAUCAAGAUUCAUAAAGUGUGUGACAGUUGGUGAUGGGGCUGUUGGAAAGACUUGUAUGCUUAUUUCUUACACCAGCAACACUUUCCCCACUGAUUACGUACCAACUGUUUUCGACAAUUUUAGUGCAAAUGUGGUAGUCGAUGGAAGCACCGUUAAUCUUGGGUUGUGGGAUACCGCAGGGCAAGAAGAUUACAAUAGAUUGAGACCUUUGAGUUAUCGUGGUGCUGAUGUCUUUAUACUGGCGUUUUCUCUCAUUAGCAAGGCAAGCUAUGAGAACGUCUCUAAAAAGUGGAUUCCUGAAUUGAGGCAUUAUGCACCCGGUGUUCCAAUAAUUCUUGUUGGAACAAAGCUAGAUCUUCGUGAUGACAAGCAGUUCUUUGUAGACCAUCCUGGCGCAGUUCCAAUCACAACAGCUCAGGGAGAGGAGCUGAAGAAGCUAAUUGGUGCCCCUGCUUAUAUUGAGUGUAGCUCAAAAACACAGCAGAAUGUGAAGGCUGUUUUUGAUGCUGCCAUUAAAGUGGUUCUGCAGCCCCCAAAGCAAAAGAAGAAAAAGAAGCGAAAGGGUCAAAAGGCAUGCUCGAUAUUGUGACUUCGCAAAUGAUUUAUAGCUUGAACGAUCAGGGAAAUCAACCGUGUAGCGCUAAUUACCCUUCCUCUACUACUAAAACGUAUCUGAUAAAUGCUCACUUUUGGUUUUCUUCUGUCUCAAGAAAACAGCUAAAAAUAUGAAGUAAAUCAGAGGUGUUUGUAAGGUCAUAUGUAUGUAUAUUUUGAUUUUAACACCAAAUAGUUGAGACUAUUUUGGAUAUUUGUAGUUUUCUUUGUUUGGGGUGAAAUUGAUUUGAUUUGGUUCUUGUAACCUUUAAUUA